ACAGUUGGAGACCAUACUGCCAUCUGCUGUUAACGUCAAUUUUUAAGAAAUUUGUGUGUUUGUAAUUCCAAGAAUUUUACUACUGUUAGAGCAUUCAAUCAGUGAAGACAUUCAUUAAAAAUUAAUUAGUUAAAUUUGUCUUCGUUGUGAUAAUUUUGCUACAAUGGCAGGGAAAAUAAUUAACAUUUUCGACCCCCCGUCCUCUGCGAGUUCAGAAAGUCAGCAUUUUAGUAAUAAAUCUAUUUGCAAAAUCAAAAGCGAUGUUGGCGAAACUCAGGCGGAUUUUUCUGAAGUGUUUCCCGACUGCGAAGGGGAUGAGGAGAAAAGCGGCGAUUUUUACAACACUCCAGCUUCGCCUAUUACAGUUCCCUACUGCCCGAGGCCCCCAUCCACAGGGUCCCAAAAAUCCCCAAGAUCCCGGAGACAGCGAACCACGUCUCUGAACCAAUCGUCAAAGAAAUCAGCUGCAGAGUCGAUGAUUCGCACGCAACACCGCACGAUCUACACAGCGGGCAGGCCCCCGUGGUACAACAGUGAAGGUCAAAAGGUAGAGCCUCUGAUCAUAGGAAUUUGUGGUGGAAGUGCCUCAGGGAAAACGACAGUGGCUGAGAAAAUCAUAGAGGCUUUGGGGGUUCCAUGGGUCACUUUGCUCAGUAUGGAUUCGUUUUAUAAAGUCCUAAAUGAAAAACAGCGCGAGAUAGCCAAUAGAAAUGAAUAUAAUUUUGACCAUCCUGACGCUUUUGAUUUUGAUCUCUUGUUCAGCACUUUACAGAGGUUGAAAGAAGGGAGGAAAGUUGAGGUCCCGAUUUACAAUUUCGUGACGCAUGCACGUGAAAGUAGGACGAAAACCAUGUACGGAGCCAACGUUAUAAUCUUUGAAGGAAUUUUCUCGUUUCACAACCCGAAAGUGCUCGAAAUGUUAGAUAUGAAAAUCUUCGUUGACACCGACGCAGAUGUACGUCUAGUCCGUAGAUUAAGAAGAGACAUUAGUCAAAGAGGCAGAGACUUAGAUGGCGUUCUUAAACAAUACUGUGGCAUGGUCCAACCAUCAUUCAACCAUUACAUCGCCCCUUUAAAAGUCCACGCCGAUAUAAUCGUUCCAAGAGGCGGAGAGAACGAAGUUGCCAUCCAACUUAUAGUCCAACAUGUUCACACCCAAUUGCAGUUGCGCGGGUUCAAAUUAAGGGAAGAACUGGCACAAAUUCACGCCAGGUCUGGCCAACCUAGACCUGACACUUUAAAACUGCUGCCAACCACACCACAAAUCAGGGGACUCCACACCUUCAUCAGGAACAAAGACACACCAAGGGACGAGUUUAUUUUUUACAGCAAACGUCUGAUUCGGCUUGUGAUUGAAUACACUUUAUCCUUGAUGCAAUUCAAUGAGAAAAUAGUAGAGACACCUCAAGGCGUACAAUAUAAAGGGAAACGAAUGGCGACUGACAAAAUCUGCGGUGUCUCGAUUUUACGCGCCGGUGAGACAAUGGAGCAGGCUGUGUGUGACGUGUGCAAGGAUAUCCGAAUAGGGAAAAUUUUAAUUCAGACUAAUUUACAAACAGGAGAACCUGAGUUGUAUUAUUUAAGACUUCCCAAAGACAUCAAAGACUACAAAGUCAUUCUAAUGGAUGCGACUGUGGCCACAGGGGCUGCAGCUAUGAUGGCGAUCAGAGUUUUGUUGGAUCAUGACGUUCCAGAGAGCAACAUACUUAUAGUGUCUCUACUGAUGGCAGAAUCUGGGGUAAAUUCGAUAGCUUACGCGUUUCCGAAAGUCCAGAUCGUUACCACUGCUAUUGACCCGGAAAUCAACGAUAAGUUUUAUGUUCUUCCCGGGAUGGGGAAUUUCGGGGACAGGUAUUUCGGAACUGAACCGUCAGACGAUUUGCUACAAUAAUUCCAACUCAAUCAUUUGAAAAUGACCAGCACAACUGAUGGGUAAUUCUGGACAAUCUAUUAUUUUUUCCUGUUAUUUUAUCUAUUUAAUUGCCAUAGUGAAAACCAUUACCAAUAUUGUUAUGAGUAACAGUACUUAAUGCUUAUAAGGCUGUGUUUCCUAGUUAUUAAUUAUUUAAAAGGUUACUGUACAUAAUACAAGUCAUCGUCAACGUUCCUUUAAAUAUGAAGAAAAUCAUAUUAAAUCUUUCGGGUGCACCAUUUUAUCAUGGGUGCUGGCUAUAGUUGGUUAGUAUUUUUAAACCAAGUCUGUAUUAAAAUGAUUUUAUAAUUGUAUUUGAAUUGUGAGAAUAAAACUGCAACUUGAAA